AAAACCGCUCACCAAUCAGCUGUCAUAAUUAUUGUUGUUCUUUGGCACCAGAGAAAAUUGCUUUUAUUUAUUUUUACUAGUGCGUUAAAACAACACAUAUUUCCCAUAAUCGCGUUACAAAUUCAUGCUGCGAAUUAAAUUUUCGUUUUUGUGAGAGAAAAAAAUAUGCGCUCCGUUGCAACAGUGAAUACUUGGAAUUGGCAUUGGUUUGCGAAUGUGUUAUUGGUUCAGAAAAUUUUCUCAUGUUAAAGAGUGAAACAAAGCCAAUAGAAUUGAAAUCGAAGAAAAAAAAACAUUUUUUCAAUUACAGAAAAAGCGCGAGGAAAAAUAUUCCAUCCAAAUUCAAACUUUUCGCAUAUUUUGAGUGAUAAAAGAAGCAGUGAAAUUUAUUGAAGUAAUAAUGUUUUAUUGGGACAUUUUGUGAGUGAGCAAAAGUGUGUCCUCGUGCUGAAUGAUGAUUUUUCGUGAUGUUAUGAUCAUUUGCUUGAAUGUCGUAAGAAUCUCUGCGCUUCAAGUGUAAUUUAAAUCGAUUAUAUAAUUUAAUAACCAAAAUUAAUAAUUAGAACAAAUGGAUGCAUAGUUCCGUCAUUGAGAAUUAUAAUUAAUUGACGAAUAUUCACCCAUAGUACAUAGAUUAUGGCACAAUUUACAUGGUAUCGUCAAAAUUCCAAAGACAAUGAUAGUAGCAAAUCAAAUAAUGACUAUAGCACAACUGGUCAACAGCACGCAUCCGUUCCACUUUGUCUAACGAGCGACGUGCAACUGCGUUUCUUGUGUCCGGAUGAUUUGGAAGAAGUGCGAACGCUGUGCCAAGAUUGGUUUCCCAUUGACUACCCGUUUUCAUGGUACGAGGACAUAACAUCUAGCACAAGAUUCUUUGCACUAGCUGCCGUUUACAACCUUACCAUAAUUGGACUUAUCGUGGCCGAAAUAAAACCAUAUGCACGCCUCAAUAAAGAAGACCGUGACAUUUUACCUGAAUCCAUGGGCAAAGAAUGUGAUGUUGGAUAUAUUUUGUCGUUAGGCGUGCAUAAAAAGUAUCGACGAAACGGCAUCGGUUCUCUGCUACUAGACGCAUUAAUUAACUACUUAACGACGUCGGAAAAGACAAAAGUCAAGGCGAUAUUUUUACAUGUUUUAACCACAAACCAACCUGCCAUUUUAUUUUACGAAAAGAGAAGGUUUCGAAUGCACACAUUUUUGCCGUAUUAUUACUCAAUCAAAGGUUAUUGCAAAGACGGUUUCACUUACGUGUUAUACAUCAACGGUGGACAUCCGCCUUGGACACUAUUGGAUCAUAUCAAAAAUUGGUGUUCGAAAAUUACAUUUGUUAGCGGCAUAUUCGGUUGGUUAAUUUAUCGCGUAAGAAGCGUUUUGAGAUGGUUAUGUCAUCGCACUGGUUUAUUUAAUAACAGGUUUAAUUUUGCCCAUUUAUCUAAGAAUGUAAAAAAUCAAGAUUCAAGUAGAUUUUAUGAUUCUACAAGUAUUGAAUUUGCCGUUAGCACAAAAGGAUUUAUAAAUUUCUACACAUCCGACUGGGAGCCGGUAACGUCAGCCGCACAUCAAUUCGACGAAUUGUCGGCAAUCACAUUCGAUGAAAUCGAAGAAACACUCUAUUUUAAUGAUCAGUCACAUCUUAAUGGAACGAUAUUUUCGCUAAAACUGGGCACCGAUGGAAAUCAUCCUGUAAAACAGAUCAUUGAGAAGUCGAAAAAAGAAAAGAUACAAGGCAUUGCAUUCGAUCCAUUGGAACGGACGUUGUAUUGGACGGAUGCGGUGAACGGAAUCAUUUAUCAAAUGAAUCUUAACGAUAACAAUGAACCGAAGAUUUUCAUAGACAAACUGUCAAUGCCACAUGGCAUUGCGAUUGAUAUUUGCCGCAGACAACUAUACUGGACCAAUUUGAACAUGAAAGAAUCGUCCAUCGGACGAAUUUCAUUAGAUGGUAAAGAAUCUAAAACUAUAAUUAGUGGCCUUGAUAUGCCACGUGGAAUAGUUGUGGAUCACUUUUCUCGUCGUAUCUUCUGGGUAGAUGAUCUACGUGGUGACCAUUUUGCAGUUGAAAGUGCCAAUCUGGAUGGCAGUGAUCGCAAAACUAUCAUUCGUAAUAUGAACCAUGUGCCAUUUGACAUAGCUGUGGAUGAAUCAAAUAUUUAUUGGACCGAUAUUCAAGAAAAUGCUGUGUGGAAAAUUCCUAAAACCGCUUCAAUAGACGAUUUACCAUUGAGAAUACAGAAUUUCACAAUACAGAACAUUCCGAAAGGAAUCAUUAAUCGCAAUCACUUCAUCACGUCUCAGCAAAGUGCCCAGGAAUGUAAGUCAGUGUUCGAACUAAUAAAAUCAACCACUUUUACAUCAGCUUCAAAUAGUUCGCCACAAAUACUGAGUGUGCAUUGCCUGAAUAAUGGUCAAUUCGAUGACAAAACAAAAUCAUGCCAUUGUCCACAUGGCUAUAAAGGUAGCGUUUGUGAGAUUCCCGUUUGCAACAAUUACUGUGUGGAGGGAACAUGCGAAAUUGCGUCGAAUGGAAAUCCUCUAUGUAACUGCCGCGAGGGAUUCACUGGCGAUCGCUGUGAGACUAAUUUGUGUACGAAUCAUUGUCUACACGGUGGCCAUUGUUUAAUCGAAAGGAGCGAGCCAAAUUGCCAAUGUCCAACUUCGUAUUAUGGAAAUCGCUGUGAAAAUAUGAAUAUCAAGGAAAUGUGUAUUCGAUUUUGUAACAAAGAAGACAUCGAUGAUCGACUAGGAUUGGAUUUCGAAGCUGUAUGCAAUAACUGCAGUGGAAAGCUUCCAUCAAAACUAUUCUUCAAUUUCAAUGGCGAACACCAAAAUACCUGCAAGGAAUCGGUUCUCAACAAAACUGCGAUAUUUGUAUCGUGUGGUGUGGUCAUAUCUCUAGCACUAGUCUUUGUCAUUGUAAAAACAAUUCGUCACGUAUAUAAACCGUUGCGUCCAAGAAUCAAGAAGACGUAUGUGGUGCGUAAAAAUGUAACACCAACGCCGUUAACUUGCCGACCCACUACCGAACAGUGCGAAAUCACAAUAGAAAACUGUUGCAACAUGAAUAUUUGUGAUACGCCAUGUUUCGACCCGAAAGUGCUACAAGCAGAGGCCAACAAGAAAGAAGACAAAAAAACUUUAAUAAACCACAGCGAAGAUCUGAUGUACUGAGCACAUGCAUAAGAAUUGAAAAAUCAAAAGCAAAAUACUUACCAAUAUCUACACGGCUGUUAUACGUCUUGUGGGCCUUACAUGGAGCUAAAUCGCAAAAAUACGAGAGACAAACUAGAGAAAAACCGAAAUCAUUCGCCACAAAAUUGCUAACGCCCAUUUCAAAAUCGUCUAGGUUAUUAGCACUCAUUCACAAAUUACAAAAGUGUCUUACUUAAUUGAUUGAUUGCUUUGUGCAUUACUUACUUUUCGCUACGAAAAAUCAUCUGAAAAUGUCAGAAACAACAUAAAAACAUGAAGCAACAAGUAAAGAUCCACCGACGAUCUUCCACGAACUUAAAACAAAAACUGAGAAAUUUACAAAGCAUAUUAUGGCAAUCAUAAAUUCAUGUUGUAGCUUCUGUUUAGCUAAAAUUAUAUAUUUUUGUGACAGAUUUGUAAAAUGUCGAACAUUUAUUUUAUUUUUCAAUAUUGUAACUUAUUAUUUUGUAGGAUCAUUUUGUUUUUCAAUCGAGUUGAAAAAAUUGCGUUUAAAAUAGAUAAUCUAAUACGACCAACAAGUUGAUUAUAAUUUUGUAGACAAAGACUGAUAAAACAAAAUACCAGCUAUCAGCCGUGCAAGCAAUUUUAUGCAAAUAAUCAAUAGAGAUGAAGCACAUAAAAGACGGAUUUAGUACAAAUUUCCUCGAACACACACACACACACACUCUUUUUGCCUGAAAUGAACUUCAAUAGUAAAGUAACAGUUAUUUAUUCCUAUACCUCACGAUUGUUAUUCAUUUUAAGGUGCCUACAAAUCCAAAGUUAAUUCUUUCCUCAUUUUUAUCUGAUAGACAUCAAACCUUUUUUUUCUAUUUAUUUGCUACAGAAAAUUGAGCAUAGAUUGCAGAGUAGCAUAGUGGAAGUGGAAUAACUGAAACAAAUUAAUGCUUUUGAGCAAAGUGUAUUCAGAAUUGUUAACUAAAAAACAGUUGAUUUUGUUUUCAAACAAACAAAACAACAAGAAGAAAAGGAAACAAGUGACGCACCAGUUGAGUAAUGUUAAUAAUUUAGCAACUGUUUAGUUAAAAACUGAUGAAAAAGUUAUUUAGUGCAAAACAAUAAACAAACAAGAAAAAAGGGAGAUAUAUAAAAAAACAGGAAAAUACACUAAAACUUAAAAAAAGAGAUCAAAAACUGAAAAUAAUCCUAUGUGGGAUAUCCACAUCAGAAACGAACAAUGGAAUAUCCACAUCAGAAAUGUGAUAUUACACUAAGUCUUCGUUUU